AUGCGCGUCGCGUGUGAGGCGGCGCAGGUAGCGUCAGCGCCUGCUGGCGCCGCCGCCGGCGACCUCCCCGCCGCCCUUCAGCUGCGCCUGCAGUUUGGGGUGAAGAACAUCCCGCACCCCAACAAGGCGCACUACGGCGGCGAGGACGCUUUCUUCGUCAGCGAGCUGGGGGGCGGGGCCGCGGGCAUCGCCGACGGCGUGGGCGGGUGGCAGGAGAGCGGCAUCAACCCGGCAGACUACUCCAAGUCCUUCAUGGCCACCGCACGUCAGUACCUGGAGGAGUGCGCCAGCCUGUACCCUGAGGUGUUGUCCUCGGGCGAGUGGCGCGCCCAGCAGGAGCAGCAGGCCGCCGCCGACGGCGCCGCCGCCGCAGCGGAGCCGGCGCCGACGGCGGCGGCCUCCUCGCUGGCCAGCGUGGGCGGCGGCGAGCCUCGCACCGCCGUGGAGGCGCUGGAUGCGGCGCACCGCAGCACGCGGCUGCCCGGCUCCGCCACCGCCUGCGUGCUGCGCCUGGAUGGGCGCACCGGGGAGCUGGAUGCCGCCAACCUGGGCGACUCUGGCUUCCUGGUCAUCCGGGACGGCCAGCUGCACUUCCAGUCACCCGCCAUGCAGCACUUCUUCGACUGCCCGCUGCAGUUUGGCAUGCCCCCCGACACCGACUACGCCCAGGACGCCGCCGUGUUCAGCCUCCAGCUGCAGCCGGGGGACGCCAUUGUGCUGGCCACCGACGGCCUGCUGGACAACCUGCCGCAGGAGGAGAUUGUGGGGCUGGCGCCGCGCAGCGCGGGCGAGGACGGCAAGCUGGAGCUGGGCAAGUUGCGGGGUGGGAAGAUGGACGACAUCACGGUGGUGUGCGCCUACGUCACCCACGCCGAACAGCAGGCCUGA